CGUCGACCGUCGAGCAGGUCGUACAUUUCGCCCCGUAAUUCUGGCUGCUGCUUGUCGCUGUCUGUCCCCUCUGUGGCAUCCAACUGUGUGUGGCAGCUCUGUUAACGGUUUGAGUUCGGCCAUGAAGUGGUUUCUGCUGUUCGUGGUGGCCCUUGGACUGGGCCUGGCCGCGGCCAGCACCAGCUCCAGCUACAACUUUUACCGCCUGCCGUCGGCUGUGCGGCCCCAGAAGUACCAUCUGCAGAUUCUGACGCAUCUGGAUAAUCCGGAGGAGCUGCGUUUCGCCGGCACAGUCAAGAUUCUCGUGGAGGUGCUGCAGAACACCAACAACAUAACGCUCCACUCGAAGAAUCUGACCAUAGACGAAAGCCAGAUCACGCUCCGACAGACUAGCGGCGACGAGAAGAAGGAUAAUUGUGUGUCCUCCACGGAGGUGAACUCUGCGCAUGAUUUCUACGUGCUGAACUCGUGCCAGGAGCUGCUGGCCGGCAAUGUCUACGAGCUGUCGUUGCCCUUUGCUGCUGAUCUGAACAAGCAGCUGGAGGGCUACUAUCGCAGCUCCUACAAGGAUAGCGAAACCAAUCAGACAAGAUGGCUCUCGAUUACCCAAUUCGAGCCGGCCUCGGCUCGUGCCGCCUUCCCCUGCUUCGAUGAGCCCGGCUACAAGGCUCCCUUUGUGGUUACCCUGGGAUUCAACAAGAAGUACACGGGUCUCAGCAACAUGCCGGUGAAGGAAACCAAACCGCACGAAUCUCUGGCCGAUUACGUUUGGGUCGAGUUCGAGGAGUCGGUGCCCAUGUCCACCUAUCUGGUGGCCUACUCCGUCAAUGACUUUGCGAACAAACCCUCCACACUGCCGAACAGCCCGCUCUUCCGCACCUGGGCCCGCCCGAAUGCCAUCGAUCAGUGCGAUUAUGCGGCAGAGUUCGGCCCGAAGGUCCUCCAGUACUACGAACAGUUCUUCGGCAUCAAGUUCCCACUGCCCAAGAUCGAUCAGAUUGCCAUUCCCGACUUCAGCGCGGGUGCCAUGGAGAACUGGGGACUGGUCACGUACAGGGAGAUUGCGCUGCUCUUCUCGCCGAAUCACACCUCGCUGGCGGACAAGCAGCGGCUGGCCAAUGUGGUGGCCCAUGAGCUGGCCCAUCAGUGGUUCGGCAAUCUGGUGACGAUGAAGUGGUGGACGGAUCUCUGGCUGAACGAGGGCUUUGCCACGUACAUUGCCAGUCUGGGUGUGGAGAACAUCAAUCCGGAGUGGCGCUCCCUGGAGCAGGACUCGCUCUCCAAUCUGCUGGCCAUCUUCCGGAAGGAUGCACUGGAGAGCAGUCACCCGAUCUCACGACCCAUCGAAAUGGUAUCGGAGAUAUCCGAGAGCUUCGAUCAGAUCUCAUAUCAGAAGGGUUCCUCGGUGCUGCGCAUGAUGCACAUGUUCCUCGGCGAAGAGUCCUUCCGCGCGGGUCUGCAGUCCUAUCUGCAGAUGUACUCCUACAAGAACGCCGAGCAGGACAAUCUCUGGGAGUCGCUGACCCAGGCGGCGCACAAAUUCCGUGCUCUGCCCAAGAGCUAUGACAUCAAGAGCAUCAUGGACUCGUGGACACUGCAAACGGGCUAUCCCGUGAUCAAUGUCACUCGGGAUUACGCAGGCAAGAGUGCCAAGCUCAGCCAGGAGCGAUAUUUGCUCAACACUCAGAUCUCGCGGGCACAUCGCGGCGGCUGCUGGUGGGUGCCGCUCAGCUACACGACCCAGGGGGAGCAGGACUUCAACAACACGGCGCCCAAGGCAUGGAUGGAGUGCGGCAAGACGGGCGAGAGUCUGCCCAAGACCAUCCAGGAUCUGCCCGGCAACGAUCAGUGGGUCAUCUUCAAUACGCAGCUGUCGACGCUCUACAAAGUGAACUACGAUUCGCACAACUGGAAGUUGCUGAUUGAGACACUCACCGAGGGGGAUUUCGAGAGGAUUCAUGUGAUCAAUCGCGCACAACUGAUCGACGAUGCCUUGUACCUGGCCUGGACCGGCGAACAGGAUUACGAGAUUGCCAUGCGAUUGAUUGGUUAUCUGCAGCGUGAACGCGAGUAUCUGCCCUGGAAGUCGGCACUCGAGAAUCUGAGGCGUGUGGGUCGCAUUGUGCGACAGACGCCCGAGUUUGAGUUCUUCAAGCGUUAUAUGAAGAAGCUGGUUACACCGAUUUACAUGGACUUGAACGGCCUCAACGACACAUUCAGCGGCAUACAGCAGCAGGAUCAGAUAUUGCUCAAGACAAUGAUCGCCAAUUGGGCGUGCCAGUAUCAGGUGGGUGACUGUGUGCCUCAGGCCCUGCAGUACUAUCGCAACUGGCGAUCGGAGGCACAGCCCGACGAGACGAACCCCGUGCCGCUCAACCUCAGGGGCACCGUCUACUGCACCUCGAUCAGGCAUGGCAGUGACUCGGACUGGGAGUUCCUGUGGGCGCGCUACAAGAACUCGAAUGUGGCUGCCGAGAAGCGUACCAUUCUGACGGCUCUGGGCUGCUCGCGGGAGGUUUGGAUUCUGCAGAGGUAUCUGGAAAUGACCUACGACCCGAACCAGGCCAUACGCAAACAGGACUCGAUGUGGGCCUUCCAGGCGAUUGCCUUCAACGAAGUGGGCUCCCUGCUGGCCAAGAAAUACUUCAUGGACAACGUGAACUUCUUGUUCAAGUUCUACUAUCCGUUAACCAAGGACAUGGGUCGCCUGUUGACGCCCAUCUCGGAGCAGGUCAUCACCCAGAGCGACUUCAAUGAGUUCCGGAACUUUGUUCUGAUGUCACGGGACUCGCUCAAGGGUCUGGAGCAGGCCAUCCAGCAGAGCCUCGAGACGAUGCUCACCAACGUGCAAUGGAAAAAUCGCAACUACCAUCAAAUGUCGCGCUCCAUUCAGAAGCUCCUCUAAGCCAGUGUCCUCCUCGCCCAGCCCAUCCAGCUCUCAUCAGCUCUCAUUGACGAAGGAAUCUCUUCAGUUAAGCAGGAAUACGAUAUAUAUAUUUAGAAAAUCCUCUAAUAAACUAUUCAAUACUAUAGUACA